GAGGCGGGAAAAGUUCCGGGAAGGCCCGCUGUGGCUCCCGCUACGCUCACAAGUUGCUGGUGCCCGGGUCCCCAGGAAAGUCCACCGCCAUGUCAUCUGGGGACGGCACCCCGCCCGCGGCCGCCGCGCUCUGUAGCCUGUACCACGAGGCCGGCCAGCAGCUGCAGCGCCUGCAGGAUCAGCUGGCCGCGCGCGACGCCCUGAUCGCGAGCCUUCGCACCCGCCUAGCGGCUCUGUCAGGGGACACGGCGCCGUCGCUCGUGGACGCGCUUCUGGAUCAGGUGGAGCGCUUCCGUGAGCAGCUGCGGCGGCGGGAGGAAGGAGCCUCUGAGACCCAGCUGCGCCAGGAAGUUGAGAGACUUACUGAGCAACUAGAAGAAAAAGAGAGGGAGAUGCAGCAGCUGAUGAGCCAGCCUCAGCAUGAGCGAGAGAAGGAAGUCGUCCUGCUUCGGAGAAGUGUGGCAGAGAAGGAACAAGCCAGGGCCGCCAGCGACAUCCUGUGCCGCUCCUUGGCUGAUGAGACCCACCAACUGCGCAGGACGUUGGCUGCCACUGCCCACAUGUGCCAGCAUCUGGCCAAGUGUCUGGAUGAACGACAGCACGCGCAGGGGGACGUGGGGGAGAAAAGCGCUGACGAGCUAGGGCAUACAAGCAGGAAUGCUUCUGGCAAGAGCGUUAUUGAGAAGUUACAGGAAGAAAAUCGACUGUUAAAGCAGAAGGUGACUCAUGUCGAAGACCUCAAUGCCAAGUGGCAGCGUUAUGACGCCAGUAGGGACGAGUAUGUGAAAGGGUUACACGCACAGCUAAAGAGGCGGCAGGUCCCUCCUGAGCCUGAGCUGUUGAAGAAGGAGAUUUCCAGGCUUAACAGACAGCUGGAGGAGAAAAUAAAUGACUGUGCAGAAGCCAAACAGGAGCUGGCAACUGUGAAGAUGGCCCGGGACACGGCGCUGGAGCGAGUGCAGAUGCUAGAGCAGCAGAUUCUUGCUUACAAGGAUGACUUCAAAUCAGAAAGGGCAGAUCGGGAACGAGCUCAUAGUAGGAUUCAAGAACUGGAAGAAAAGGUUAUGUCUUUGAUGUCGCAAGCAUCCCAGAGACAGCAGGACUCCCGGGAGCCAGGACCCUGUCGGAUUCAUACGGGGAACAAAACUGCCAAGUACUUAGAGAUGGAUGCACUGGAGUGUGUGGCAGCUGGUGGCUGGAGGCCUGGGCCUGGGUCCCAACAGCUGGAACUGCCUGCAGAGGGUGGGCAUGUCUGCACAGCCCACAGAGGUCAGGGCGACCUUCAGUGUCCUCACUGCCUGCAGUGCUUCAGUGAUGAGCAAGGCGAGGCGUUCUUCAGGCACCUGUGGGAGUGCUGCCAAUGAGCCAGAGCCGCCAUGCCCACUGUGCCCCCUGACCAGCAUAGCUGCUCUAAGAGUCUGGGUAGGUGUCCUCAGACUCAGCCCUCAACUUGUAUGCUGCAUUCUAAUGGGAUCUAGGGUCCACACAUGGGCAGGGGCACUGGUAGGCCAUUUUUGUUUUGUUUGGCCAUGGUUCAGACAGGGUCAGAGUGAACUGUUGGCAGAGCAGAAGAGAUGGGGUCAGGGGCAUCGCAUGCACAUCAAUGUCUCUCCUAUGGAAUUUGGACCCCAACUGUCAAUUCAGAGCUGCAAACUAUCUGGUGUGGGAGUAUCCCGAAGCCUGCUUGCAUCAUGAGUUGUGUUGCUUGUUGGAAGAGGGUGUGCAGCAGGGGGUCCUCUCCAGGGUGGGAACUCCGUCAUGCUGUACAGUAAGGGUGCCUCACUCCCAGACUGGUCUGCUGCACUAGCUGCCAGGACACCAGAGCCUUCCCAGACACAACAGUCACAGAGAUGCACCCAGUACCAUCGCCUUGCAAUAGCACUUGUAUUUCCACAAGCACCUUUAUUUCCUAAUCAUUUAUUUUUAUAAUAAAUGGACUUACUACUGUUUUGCUCUGAGAGUGGGAAUGGGAUGUAUGCAGGAACGAUUCGUUGUGUUUUAGCUGCUUAGGAAAGUCUUAUUCUGAGGAUUCCUGGAGGCAGGAUCUCCAUUUCGGACUGAGGUAGAGCAAAGAGCCAGUGGUUGGCUGUUUUGCUUUUCUAAUCUUCAGGUUGAACCCCAAUAUCUGUCUCUGGGUUUUUAUUAAUCAUGUUACAACCACUACUAAGAAGAAACAUGCAUGCUGUCUUCCCCCAAUUCAGAGGUGUCAAAGAUAGCCCUGCCUACAUGGACAGAGGCUGCCUUAGGAUUUGAGGAAUGAAGUCUACCAAUUUAGGCUUUUUAUCCUUAGGAAUUCCAUAGAACCAGGUAAAAUACUGUAACCCCCGAACUAUGUUCCACACUACUUGGAGAAAAUUUGGGUAUGUGACCUGAAACCUGAUGUUUGAUGGAAGUGAGGAACAAGGGACAGGUUUUUUUUUUUUUUUUUUUUUUUUUUUUAAGACAGGGUUUCUCAAAAAAAAAAAAAAAAAAACCCUAAAAGUCCUAGUUGUCCUAGAACAUCCUGGCCUCGAUCUCACAGAGUUCCCUUGCUUCUGCCCUCCCCCGAGGCUGGGAUUAAAGGUGUGCACCACCACUGCCCAGUUUAGGUCAUCCUUUGACAGUAGUAAGAAGAUGAGUUUUGAACUCCACUAAUGCUCACUUUUUUUUUUUAAGUUCAGGAUUGUUAUAGUAUUCAGGCAAGAGGCUGUUGGAUAGGGUGAUGUAUGAGCCACGUAAGUGACUGGGUACUAGCCAAGUGCCACUUCAGUCCUGGCCCAGGAUAUCAAGGAAAGGGGUAGGUAUGAAGUAGGAGGCAGGCCAUACUGAGAAUGUAUUGGACUGCUAAACCAGGACGGCAUGCAAUUUUGUCACAGUGUGCCAAGUGAGACGACAAGAAGACUGUGCUGAGGGUUUGCCAUGUACUAGUUCCUUCCUUGUAACAGUUUGAGAAGGUAGGGUCAUUUUCAUCACAGGUGAAGAUGAGGCACCAAGCAGUUAAGUCACUUCACCAAGAUCACAGGAUUAAAUGGUAGAAUUCAUAUUGGAAGCCAAGCAUGGAAUGGAGUUGGCCCAAAAAUAUGUCUACAUGUGCUGCAGGUAGCAGAGCUGGAGAGGUAGGAUUGCCCAAGGAGCCCAGGUGAUGCCACCUAGACAUCCACAUGCCAGAUAGAGACACAAAUGGUUUUGCUUUGGAAUGCUAUUUUCGUCCUAUCUUCCCACUCCUGUGUGAAAUGGGAAUGCUUACACUGUAUCAUUAUGUAUUGGAAGUACAUAACCUGUCCUUUGGUCAUAGAGGUUCAUAGAGUACCUUGAGUCUCAGAAAAGACCUUGGACUUUGGAACAGAAUUGGGACUGUUAAAAACUAGGAAGAAACCAGUCAUGAAUCAGGGUUGACAAAGCUCAUUGAUGCUUGUGAGAUUUCCAGCAGCCUCAGAAGCUUCAAACUCAGGUUAAGAGACUAGAUCUCACUCCAGUUUAGCCCCGCAGGUUCUCUGGAAGUCCUGCCUCUUACAAUAGCUUCAGUCAAGAUGCAGACCCUGGGUAGGUGCUGAUCUGGAGUAAGGCCAACUAGAACCUGGGGAGUUCCAGAACUCAAAGCAAAAGCUGAAGACCCAGACAGGAGGUACCAGUUGACACAGGACAACACCUGAUCCAAAUAGGAAGAUUUCAGAUAAAGCCUCUAGCUCUAAAUACCAACCCCACAAAGGAAAUGAUAUCUCAGCUUUACUAUAACUUAGUUCUCUCAUAAACAGUGUAAAUUCCAUCACUGAAGAAUAUAGGGGAUAUGAAUAUAAAAACAACAAAAAUACAAAAGAAAGAAAAAUUUAACCAACAUAUUAAUUCCAAGUGGGCAAGUCCUAGCACAGGAGCAAAAACAACA